GUUUUCGAUGUAUAUAAACAGAAACUCAGCUGACCUGCUGCCUUUAUAAAGAGCAGCUCAGCUGAACCAGUCAGUCUGCAUUCACAGCUGUUCAUCUCUGCCUGCAUCAUGCUUCUCUCCUCUCUCAUGGACUCUCCCAGAGUCCUCCUGCAGCUCUGCCUCAGCACCAUCCUCAGCAUAUUUACCAAAGUCUUUUCCAACGUUGGCUCCUGGUAUGGAGGAGCCUGCAGGGGCCCAAACCCGCCGCCCUCCGAUGGAAACAUCCAACCGCAGAAACCUGCAGGAGAAGCUGGGACGACCCCAACCAGCGUCAACUAUCAUUUUACCCGCAAAUGCAAUUAUAAAUGCGGCUUUUGUUUCCACACCGCAAAGACUUCGUUCGUGCUUCCUUUGGAGGAGGCAAAGAGGGGGCUCAGACUGCUCAAAGAAGCUGGCAUGGAAAAGAUUAACUUCUCAGGAGGGGAACCAUUUUUGCAUGAAAGGGGAGAUUUCCUGGGGAAAAUGGUUCAGUUCUGCAAAGUGGACCUGCAGCUCCCCAGUGUCAGCAUAGUCAGCAACGGAAGCAUGAUCAGAGAAAACUGGUUUCAGAAAUACGGAGAGUUUCUGGACAUCCUGGCCAUCUCUUGUGACAGUUUUGAUGAAGAAACCAACCAGAUGAUCGGCAGAACUCAAGGCAAGAAGAGUCACAUCGAGAACCUGUACAAGAUCCGCGGCUGGUGCCAGCAGUACAAGGUGGCCUUCAAAAUCAAUUCAGUUAUCAACAGCUUCAACGUUCACGAGGACAUGACUGAACACAUCAACGAACUCAACCCUGUGCGCUGGAAGGUUUUCCAGUGUCUGUUGAUCGAUGGAGAGAAUGCUGGCGAGGCGGCCCUGAGGGAGGCGGAGAAGUUCGUCAUCAGUGACCAGCAGUUCCAGGAGUUUCUAGACGCGCACCGCGCCGUCUCCUGCCUCGUUCCAGAGUCCAACGAGAAGAUGAGGAACUCGUACCUGAUCCUGGACGAAUAUAUGCGUUUCCUGGACUGCCGGGAGGGAAGGAAGGACCCUUCCAGAUCCAUCCUCGAUGUUGGCGUUAAUGACGCCAUCAGCUUCAGCGGCUUUGAUGAGAAGAUGUUUCUGAAGCGAGGAGGGAAAUACGUGUGGAGCAAAGCGGACAUGAAGCUGGAGUGGUGAAACUGAGCCGAUCACUUAUCCAAUGCUUCUGUUUGCCUCUUGUUACACUUUGGAUAAGAUUAUUGUAAAUAAUUCAUGUAAAGCUUUCAGUGUGUUUUUAUUUUUUUCUAUAUAUAAUGUUUUAAAUUAAAUGUAAAUAAAGUUUAUUUUUGCCAACUGAAGCCAUAGUUUUUUAUGGUUAGUUUUUUUCUGUUACUCAGUGGGGCCUAAAGGUAUUAAAUCAGCCCCUGAUUGUCCAAGAGUUACUAUUGAGGUGAAAGGUCAGCCGUUUUCAUCAUAGGUUCACAUUUACAAUGAGAAAGUAAAUAUACGUAAACACAUUUUAUUAUUCCUGAAUUUAUCUUAACAUCACGUCAGUUAUAAACGAAAAAGAUGCCUGACCCUCACAGACCUGUAACUCCUUUAAGAAGCUCCUCUUUCCUCCGUUCAUUACCUGUAUUAAUGGUUUUUAACUCAUUAUCUGUGUAAUAGACACCUGUACACGGCUUUAAACAGUGAGAAUCGAAACUCAAUUAGCUUAGUGAAAGGAUUAGACCUGAAGAAGCACUGAAAUACAAGUAACCCCUUAAACAUUUCUUAUGUCCUUCCAACCCUUCCUUAAGGAAAUAAAAACACACUUUGCAUUUUUUCAGCUUUCACUUAAUUU